CUAGGGAUCAAUUCUAGGGAUUUUUAUGUAACAUUUUUCGAUAUAUGGCUAUUUUCGUUAUGCUAGUAAAUGUUUCCAGUUGGUGGUAUCGCUACGUUUCUACAAUUGACAAAAUGUCGUUAGCAAGUUUACUACCUGCACCGUCGCAGGUGGUGUGGGACAGAGAAGAUGAAGCAAGAGAACAGAAAUUGCGACAGAGACCUGUAUCUGCUCUUGUCAAAGCAGUUGUUACUGCUCCACCAUAUGGUCAACGUAAAGGAUUUGUACCAAGAAAUCCAGAGGAUUUUGGAGAUGGUGGAGCGUUCCCAGAGAUUCAUGUGGCUCAAUAUCCACUUGGGAUGGGGAUGAAAGGAAAAGAAACUACCAGUAAUGCUUUGGCAGUUCAGCUUGAUGCUCAAGGAAAAGUGAAGUAUGAUGUUAUUGCUAGGCAAGGCCACUCUAAAGAUAAGAUUGUGUACAGCAAGUUGAGUGAUUUACUACCAUCAGAAAUUACAAGUGAGGAAGAUCCCAGUUUGCAACGUCCACCUAACGAGGAAAUUGAUGAACUUACGGAGAAAACUAAAAAAGCAUUAGAAAAGAUAACGAGAUCGAAGAUAGCUGCAGCGAUGCCAGUAAGAUGCGCUGAGAAACAAGCUCCAGCGCAAUACAUUCGAUACACGCCCUCCCAGCAGGGACAGUCGUUCAAUUCCGGGGCUAAACAGAGGGUGAUUAGAAUGGUGGAAGCUCAGAUAGAUCCUUUAGAACCACCGAAAUUCAAAAUUAAUAAGAAAAUACCGCGAGGUCCUCCAUCACCUCCAGCGCCAGUAAUGCAUUCACCUACGAGGAAAGUAACAGUAAAAGAACAGAAGGAGUGGAAAAUACCGCCCUGUAUCAGUAAUUGGAAAAACGCGAAAGGGUACACGAUUCCGCUCGAUAAACGUUUAGCAGCAGACGGUCGCGGGUUGCAGCAGGUUCAUAUAAAUGAGAACUUCGCCAAAUUGGCCGAGGCUCUUUACAUCGCAGAUAGGAAGGCUCGAGAGGCGGUAGAAAUGCGAGCGCAACUUGAAAAGAAGCUUGCUCAGAAGGAAAAAGAGAAGAAAGAGGACCACUUGAGGCAAUUGGCACAGAAAGCUAGAGAAGAACGUGCUGGCUUAAAAUCAGCUACGAUGGAGAAAUCAGAAGAGUCACGAGAACGAGACCAACUCAGACAAGAACGACACAAGGACCGGGCUCGAGAACGCAAUUUGGCGCGCGCUGCACCUGAUAAACGCUCCAGAUUGCAACGCGAACGAGAGCGAGACAUCAGUGAACAGAUCGCACUUGGUUUGCCAGCGAAGAGUAUUCCUAAUAGUGGAGAAGCGCAAUUUGAUCAGAGAUUGUUCAACACCAGCAAAGGAAUGGAUAGUGGUUAUGGACACGAUGACGAAUAUAACGUUUACGACAAGCCCUGGAAAGAUUCUAAUUCUAUUGGCUCUCAUAUAUACCGUCCCAGUAAAAAUAUUGAUAAAGAUACUUACGGAGAUGAUUUGGAGAAGCUCGUUAAAACAAAUAGGUUUGUUCCGGAUAAGGAAUUCAGUGGAACCGACAGAUCAACAACACGCUCAGGACCGGUACAGUUCGAGAAAGAUGAAGAAGAUCCUUUCGGUUUAGAUCAGUUCUUGAAACAAGCUAAGCGUGCGAGCAGUUCCACUACCACGACGACAAAACGCAAAGACGAACGGGAGCAACGCAGAGAUGAUCGUGACAAACGAAGGAAGCAUUAAUUUUCCUUGUUGUUUGAUACUUUUAUCGUUUUAGAACAAAAUUUCAUUUUUUUUCUAACUUUCCUUAAGUUAAUUGUAGAAUUAAGUAACUGAAGCUUAAAAUUAAUCCUUUUAAUUCAACUCUGUAUUCUGGUCAAUGGGACUUUAUUACAAAUUUGAUGCAGAUAUAAGAUGCCUUACACAGUUUUCAGGAAAUUUUUUUUUUUUAAAUUCUCCACGCCAUGCGACGAAAACAUAACUUUACAAGAAAAUGCAGGGAUGUAUACAAACUUGUCUAAAAUCGCUAAAUAUAUCGAUUAUUUAGUACAA